CUCCUCCUCCUGAAGCUCCGCUAUCUUUAGCUCCGCCACCUCCACGGAUUAUAGUGCGCAGUGUGUGGACUGUCAGCUCCACGGUGCUACUUGCUCGGCUUAGCGCUGCGUGUUCGUUGCUUUCAGUCUUGCUGGGAAAAUCUAAACAAACCCCCUCGUUGAACUGAAGUGAUGGGGGAAUGACAACAACCUCCGACUGCGGUUCUCCGUCCCCGAAAACACCCGAAGGAUGCUGCUGCUCUCCAGCCCGCGGAACGGACGCUUUCGCCGGGCCUCGCUGCUCCUCCCGCUGCUGCUGCUGGUCCUGGUCCUCCUCUCCGUCAUCCCUACCGGUGCCGGCCUCCCAGCUGGCUUGACAUGCCCUGACUACUUAGACUGUGCCCAGAUGGGGCGGCAGUUCUGUCAGCCGGGCUCCUCCUGGUGCGGCCCCUGCCUCCCACGGCUGAGGGAGGAUGAUGAAGGACGCUGUGUGCCUAAAAAGAGGCACCAUCAACCUGUUGCAGUCCGCCCUGACCUGGAUGAAGAGAUCGACUUCUUACACUCUGUUAUCGAAAAACAGGAGUUGUCAGAGGUCAAAACGGCAAAAGGACGACCCAGUCAUCCAGCUACCACAACCCCCCAAACAGAUGCUAAGAAAACCCAGACAGAUGUCCCCAAAAAGAAAUCAAAAAGCCAGCACCCCACCACAAAAGCAUCGGGGGCUGCUGGAGUUACUGCCCACCCAAAAACCCAGACCCACCAGCCUGCAGCCACUCGAACAGAGGACCGGGCUGGUCCCAUAGUUGUUCCUGCACACAGGGAUGACACCAUUAUUGUCAUCAUCGUCUCGGUGUGUGUGGUGGCAGGAACUGUGGCAGUGAUUCUGGCAACUAUCUGCUUUGUCAAGUUGCAGAGGGAAUCGCGUCUGGCACAGAAAGUUGACUACCCUGGUUAUGGAGGGGCUGGUGCACCUGCAGCCAAAGCCAACGGCCCCUCGAUGGGGGAUAAGACUCUGGCCCAAAGUGCUCAAAUGUAUCAUUACCAACAUCAGAAACAACAGAUGCUUUCAAUGGGAAAACAAAAACCUGAACAGAAAGUCCCUGACACAGAUGUCACAUCAGAUGAGGAAGAAGUGGGAGGUGAUUUCACCGUAUACGAGUGCCCAGGACUUGCCCCAACUGGGGAGAUGGAAGUCAAAAACCCUUUAUUCGAUGACUCCACUCUACAAUAUCAAGGCGAUCACAAGUGAAUGCUAAAUACUUAACACACACACACACACACACAUUGAAACAUGCAAACAAGUAUUUCUCUGGAAGAAACCACCUGAUUUCACAUUGCAUGCAUAAAAAUGGAAAAACCUGGAGGAGUUUGAGGUGAUAAAAUGAUUGUUUUCUCUUCAGCCCUUUACUCUCUCUCUACCCCAGUAUAGCAUUUAACACCACACACAUCCUUCAGGUCCUGUGACACUUUAUUUCUCACUUUUCAGAAGUGUCUGUGUCUUUUAACGUAAGGUUUUUAAGGUCCUCCGAUAUAUGUCCUCAUAGGUGGUAGUUAAUACUAUUCCCUUGCACUUCAUUAUUUCCCUUCAUUUCUGCAGCUACUUCCAAAGAAUGUGUUACAGAAACCGGUGCCCUCAAGUCUUUGUCAUGCAUAGCAAGUGACCAAACUAUUUUCCCAACAGAUACCCAGGAGACAUUUAAUCAGAUGUCUGUGAUACCUUUGUAAAAUCUCAACAACUUCUCUACUUGUAAGUUUUAGCAUUAAAUAUGUCAUGGUUGUUGCUAAUUUUAUUUCUCGUCAUAUAAGCUGCACAUAAAUAUUUUAAUGAUAUGGAAGAUUAAUAUAUAUAAAUAUAUAUACAGUAUAUGAAAAAAGUGCUUGAUGAUGUCUGUUGCAUGGUUUGACUGUGCAGUGUUUGAAUCAUGGCAAUGCUUUGGUUAGUUACUCCCGUACUGUACAUGUCCGUGCUGGAGGAGGAAUGUAAAAGUGAAUUCUAAGCACUUGAAUAACAUUUUGGGGACAGACUAACAGUGUACUAACAGAUAUGUAGGAGGUAAAUAUCUUGAUCUUUAUUCCCUUAUAGUCCCUUUUUCCUCUCUGUCUUCUUGUUUGUCCAAAGUCAACAUAGUGCUGCAAAAUGUACAUACAAAGAGUGAAAGUGUUCACUUUUUAUAGAUAUUUGUACAUGCAGACCAAGAAUUGGAAAUAAAACUUUUUACCACACAUGAAAA